AUGCCUGGUCUCCUUUCCUGCCUCACCGAAGUUGUGGGCACUCGUGCCCAGCCUACACCCAUCCAGGCUCUUAGUCUUCAGCACCUGCUUGAGACUGAAUACGAUCCAAACAGAAAAUGGAAGGAAUACCUUCUCGCAUCUGAAACUGGGUCUGGAAAAUCGGUAGCCUACUUCCUGCCCCUUCUUCAAUCCCUCAAAGUUUCGGAGCUCAGUGGGCAAAUCCAUCGAAAAAGCACCCAUCCUCUGAACCCCCGUGCCCUCGUCCUCGCUCCGACGCACGAGCUGGCUCGUCAACUAUCAGGAUUCGCUAAAGAUCUCAUUCAUGAGAUCAAGUUGAGAAUACUCUGUGCUAGCCAGGCGAACGUGGAUAACAAGAUGAGUCUUGGAGGCGGAAGCGCUGCCCAGAUGAAGGGGAAGCUUGAUGCUGCGUUAUUCAGCAAUCACUCGCAAGAUCUCCAGGUGCGACCUGGCGGGAGAUUCCCGGUAGACGUUGUCGUCGGUACGCCGAUGAAGUUGCUCGAGUUGAUCAAAGGUCGUGGCUGGGAGCGCAGGAUCGGGAAUGAGACCCCAAAAGCUCAGGAGGAAAACAGCGAAGACGUCGAAGAUCAGGAAUUCCAGAAGAAGCCUAGACGUGGCAGAGAUCUUGGCGUCGUUCCCACUGGCACUCUGGGUGCAGCUCCAGAGAUGGGUCUGGCUAACGUCGAAUGGGUGAUUAUUGAUGAAGCCGACGUCCUGUUCGAUCCUGAUUUCCAAGAAACUACGCGUCUUUUGCUUUCCGAAGUCAGUGCCGCUCGUGGAUCACCUGUACCUUACUACCCCGACGAGUUCAACUUCAAGACCGAGAGUGUAGAACCGAAGCCGAUUUCUUAUCCAUUCAACCUCAUCCUGUGUAGCGCUACCAUCCCUAGUGCUCUCGGCAACUACCUCGAGACUCAUCAUCCCUCUCACACUCGUUUGGCCUCGCCGACGGUACAUCACCUCCCCAAGAAGCUCCAGACUGAGUACGUUGGCUGGACGGGCACCAACAAAAAUGCCGACAUUGAAAAACGCAUCAGGAAGGUGUGGGCUGAAGAUAGUAUCACCCGAACCGGGAAACUGUCGAAGAUCUUGGUAUUCUGCAACAAGAAUACCAAGGUGCAACUGCUCAGCCAACAUCUGGAAGGAAAAGAUAUUAAAACUGUCGCGAUUGAUGGGACAGCGGAGUCAAGAAGGAAGGGGUCGAACCAUCAUCUGGACGGGUUCCUUAAAGUCAAGUCAGAUGAGAGUGUUGCCGCGAAGGAAGACGGUACCGAGGAUCCGAGCGAGACACCUCAUGUCAUGAUAACGACUUCGUUGCUUUCAAGAGGGUUGGAUUUCAGUCCGGAAAUCAAGCACGUCUUCAUCGUGGAUGAGCCGAGGAAUAUGAUCGAUUUUCUUCAUCGGGCUGGCCGCUCCGGUCGAGCAGGGGAGAAGGGCAAGGUUGUGGUGUUUGGAAAGCUUGAAGGGCGAGGAAGUAGUCGGGCGGUAGAUUUAAAAAAGCGGGUCGGUGCUUUGGCUGCUUAA